UAAUGUCCGUCGCCAUGUACGAGUAGGUAGGCGAAAUCGUUUUUCCGGGGAGCUGUGUGGUCAAAUAGGAAACUACAGAAUAAUUUGAAGAGGUUAUCCAACCGCAGAGGUGCCAGCGAUGGCUUUCAGCAAAGGCUAUCGAGUAUACCACAAAUUGGAUAUAACUCCUUACAGCGUGCUGGUGGAAGCGAGGAACCGCGAAGAAUGUCUUCUCUUCGAAUCGGGAGCGGUGGCGGUGCUGUCUGCUGCAGAAAAAGAUGCUAUUAAAAACAUGUACACAAAAAUACUUGAUGUAUAUGGAGUAUUAGGUGUUUUACGACUUAAUCUUGGGGAUAGCAUGGUGCACAGUCUUGUCUUAGUCACUGGGUGUAUGUCCGUUGGAAAACUGCAAGAUUCAGAAGUGUUUAGAGUCACAUCAACUGAAUUUGUCUCCCUGAGAAAUGAUCCAUCAGAUGAGGACCGUGUUUCAGAUGUGCGAAAGGUUUUGAAUUCUGGAAACUUUUAUUUUGCUUGGUCAUCUUCUGGUGUGAGUUUAGAUCUAAGUCUUAGUGCACAUCGCAGAAUUAAAAAGGAUACCACUGACAACAGAUUUUUUUGGGUGAUUUUCCUUGAUGACUCCUUAUCCUCCUUUAUACAAAUACGUGGGUCAAUACCACUGUUUUGGGAGCAACCUGGUAUACAGGUUGGUUCACAUCGAGUGAGAAUGUCCAGAGGAUUUGAAGCAAAUGCACCAGCUUUUGACAGGCAUUUCAGCACUUUAAGAAGAUUAUAUGGCAAACAAUUUGUAAUAAAUCUCCUGGGAGUUAAGGAAGGUGAACAUAUGCUGAGUAAAGCUUUUGUGAGCCAUUUGAAAGCCUCUGAACAUGCUUCUGCUGUUCAAAUGAUUAACUUUGAUUAUCAUCAGAUGGUGAAAGGAGGAAAAACAGAUAAACUGAAUACUGUACUUAAAGCCCAGAUUCAAAAAUUUUUGGAUGAAUGUGGGAUCUUUCACUUUGCUGCAGAUAAUAUUCAAAGAUGUCAGUCUGGGACCAUUAGAACUAACUGUCUUGAUUGUCUGGAUAGAACUAAUAGUGUACAAGGAUACAUUGGACUUGAGAUGCUGUCAAAGCAGUUGGAAGAAAUGGGCUUAACUGAGAAGCCGCAACUGGUUGCACGUUUUGUUGAAGUUUUCCGUUCAAUGUGGUCCGUAAAUGGAGACUCGAUAAGUAAAAUCUAUGCUGGUACAGGGGCCCUAGAAGGUAAAGCAAAGGGUGGAAAGUUAAAAGAUGGUGCACGUUCUGUUACAAGAACCAUUCAGAACAAUUUUUUUGACUCCUCCAAACAAGAAGCCAUAGAUAUUCUAAGACUUGGCAGCACAUUGAAUAGUGAUUUGGCUGAUAAAGCACGUGCUUUGUUGACAACAAGUAGCCUCCAUGUAUCUGAACUAACUUUACAGUCAGCUUCACCUAGAGUUCUUCUUGGUAUGUGUCAGGAAUACUACAAGUAUACAAGGCCAAAACAGAUUAGAGUUUGUGUUGGCACAUGGAAUGUGAAUGGAGGGAAGCAGUUUCGAAGCAUUGCUUUUCGGAAUCAGACUCUUACUGAUUGGUUACUUGAUGCACCAAAAAUAGCUGGUGUACCAGAUUUUCAUGAUUCAAAAACAAACCCUGUUGAUAUUUUUGCCAUUGGUUUUCAAGAAAUGGUGGAGCUAAAUGCAGGCAAUAUUGUGAAUGCUAGUACUACUAAUCAAAAAUUGUGGGCUGCUGAACUGCAAAAAAACAUAUCAAGGGACCACAAGUAUGUUUUGCUGGCAUCCGAACAGCUUGUUGGAGUAUGUCUGUUUAUCUUCAUAAGACCCCAACAUGCACCUUAUAUCAGGGAUGUUGCAGUUGACACUGUUAAGACCGGAAUGGGAGGAGCAGCUGGUAAUAAAGGGGCAGUAGCUGUCCGCAUGCUGUUUCACUCAACAAGCAUAUGCUUUGUCUGCUCACACUUUGCUGCUGGACAGUCUCAGGUGAAAGAAAGAAAUGAAGAUUACCUAGAGAUUUGCCGGAAACUUACUUUUCCAAUGGGAAGGUUAUUAUUUUCUCAUGAUUAUGUAUUUUGGUGUGGAGAUUUUAAUUAUCGCAUUGACCUUCCUAAUGAAGAGGUAAAAGAGUUGAUCCGUCAGAAAAACUGGGAUGCACUUACAACAGGAGACCAACUGCUUAAUCAGAAAAAUUCAAAUCAGGUUUUCAGAGGAUUUAUGGAAGGCAAAUUAGAUUUUCCACCCACAUAUAAAUAUGAUUUGUUUUCUGAUGACUAUGACACCAGUGAAAAAUGUAGAACUCCAGCAUGGACAGACCGAAUUCUUUGGAGGAGGAGAAAAUGGCCUUUUGAAAAAUCUGCUGAAGAUGUGAAUUUACUGAAUACAGGUGUUAAUGAAGAAGAAAAGCCAACUUAUACAUGGAAACCUGGAACUCUUUUAUUUUAUGGCAGAGCAGAAUUAAAAACAUCUGAUCACAGACCAGUUGUUGCUGCUCUGGAUGUUGAUGUUCUGGAAGUGGACCCAGAAGCCCGACAGAGAGUUUACAAAGAUGUUAUUGCUGCACAAGGGCCCCCUGAUGGAACUAUUGUAGUUUCACUGAGUAGUCCCAACUCCGAAAGUGAUUUCUUUAAUGACAGUCUAAUUGAUCAUCUCCUUCAGCAAUUUAAUGAAUAUGGUGACGUAAUCCUUGUAAGGUUUAUUGAAGAGAAAAUGUGGAUCACAUUUUUGGAAGGUUAUUCUGCAAUUCAUGCUUUGAGAUUAAAUGGAACUGCAGCAUUAGGAAGAGUACUGACAGUUUCUCUAAAAAGCCCAGACUGGGCAGACUGUAUUGAAGAGGAAAUGAAUGCAGAGGACUUCUCUGCUUGCAUGCCCACCUCUGGCAGUUCAACUCUUUUGGGAGAAGAUGCAGAGAUUACUGCAGAUUAUGAUAUGGAAGGAGAUGUAGAUGACUAUAGUACUGAAAUAGAGGAGAUCUUUCCUCGACAUCUACAACCUGCCUCCAGCACUGGUCCUGGAAAAUCUCCUCGUUCAUCUCCAAGAACAAGUCCUUGCCCCUCACCUACAAUGCCUGAUGUAGUACUUCCUAUCAUUCCAAGUAGGCCAAAUCGUGCUCCACGUGCUGUAGUGCCACCUUCAUCUGUUCAAGCUGACUUUCAGCCUGUUCAUGUGCAUAAAGAAAUGACUCAAGGACUAGAACCAAAGCGCCCACCUCCUCCUCGUCCCAGUGUUCCACCAUCACGACCUGCACCUCCACAGAGACCUCCACCUCCAUCAGGCCUAGGAGCUCCACCCAGUCCAGGUUUAGCUAGGCGAGACAUUGAAGCUCCAAAGAGUCCUGGAUUAGAGAGAACAGAUUUGGGAGGUCGAAGUCAGAUACUCUCACAAGCUGGUCAAGGAAUUGCUGGAACAUCAAAACCAACUAUUCCUCCACGUGCAGGAGUAAUCAGCAUGGUACCUCAUCCUGAGCAGCACAUCUCAAAGCUGAAUCCACAAGCUCGAAAUCAGCCUAAAAAUUCCAAUAUAGGAGUACCUCUGCUUCCUGAGCCACUGAAGCCAGAAGUGGUUUCUUCUGUGCAACCCCUAACACAUCAGCCAUCUUCAAAGUAUCUGGCAGAACCUGGGGCACAAAUCCUGCCCUCUCCAACUAUACAAGGACUUCAAGGAACAUCUUUAGAAGCACCUCCACAGCCCCCACCUCGAAGCAGAUCAACCCACUCUAUUCCAGAGCCUGAUACUUUAACACAGGUGUCAGCCAAUGGGUUUACUACUCAGAAAGAAGCACAAUCAAAGGCCGACAUUUCGGAAGAGCCUCAGCUAGAUCUGUUUCCUCACACCUGGUUACAAACCCAGUUUACUUCAAGUAAAUCUCUGUUUGUAUCUGCUCCAACUGAACCAAACCUCUGCCAGAUCAGUCACUUAUCGCAUGGCGUUGUAUCUUUGCCACCUAUUCCACCACGCAAUAAAAUUCAGGAGAGUGUUAAGGUCUCUCAAGAUUUAGUCACUUCUGUGCCAGAUAUGAAGCCAAUCAGCAUGGAUGAACAGAUGGAUAAAACAACAAAUGAGAAAGCCAAAUACUGCAGUGCUUUGACAACAUUAUGUGUGGCAGCAGAUACGGCAACAUGUUUGCCAAAGCAAAAUAAAGAUAAGUUUUCCAUUGAUCCUUUUACACAGCUCUUCAACUCUAAAACUGCACAAACCAAACAGUGGGUUACUUUUGACAAUGAAUGAGCUAUGACCCAAAAGAUCAGGUGUAGACAAAAUGAGGCUGAUAAGACAGUUUCAAAUCAAAUGUCAUUCUGUCUGAACAAUGUUUCUUUGAUACCGAUUUUGGUCUUGGGAGUGAUUGUCAAUUCCCUUUAAGUUGCCCUCCUCCACCUACUUCGGCUCAGUGGGCUAAUGUUUGCGGCAGUAUUCCAACACAAGCAGAUUUUACAGAACCGAAGAGUGGAAAACAAAUUUUUGAGUACCCAAACCUUUGUGUAAAAUUUAGGGUUUCCUCACUUACUCAAACCAUGUAUUUCUGCAAGCCACUAUACUAAUUUACUUCUUCAGACAACAUUUAUGAAUAAUUCUUCAUAAAAUAUUGAUAACAAUGGUAUGUGUGUAUAUAAAGGAUAUUUUAAUCAUGUCUUGUUAAGUAAUAAUAAAGUAUUGUGUGCCGAAUUCCACUAAUCUGUUAUCAUAUUGUAUAAUUGUUGUUUUUUUCUCUCAGUUAAAUGUACAUACAGUUGAUACUAAUUCUUGGGUCAUAAGAUAAUCUGAACAAAUAUAAAUUGCUAAUUCAAAAUACUCUGAAUAAUGAGCCUCAAUGAGCAGGUAAUAUUCAUAUAAAUGUUAUUUUAGAAGUAAGAGUGACUUUGUAAUACUUAAGCUUCUAUUACAGCCUGCUGUACAAUGUAUUUAACAAAAUUAUUGUCAAGCACUUCAAAUAAUAAAUAUCCUGCAGCUGACUGACUAUAUUAUGACAAAACACUUCUUCUGAAAAUCCGUUUCAGAUAAGUGUAAGGAGUAUAUAUUGAUUGUACAUUAGCAAUAGCUGUUUGUUUGGGGGUGAUAAUCAGUGGUUUUAUUUAUUGAGCCUGCAAUCUCAACAAAGCUUACUGUGUAUGACCAGUACAGCCGAUGCACCUUACAGCCUGCACUACCAUUUGUGCGACAGUUACUGUAUGUCAUUUCUGUUUAUGUGUUUGAAGCAGUGUGCCGUUCAAUUAGAGCAGUUAUUUUUCAUAAACAUUUGUAACUAGAGCGCUGCUUUUAUCUCUUAUAUAUACUGGUAAAAGAUGUAUGUAUAUGUAUUUUUAAAUAAAAAAUGGAAAGAUAUCCUCUCAUUUGUCAAAACUGUUAGCAAACUAAGCAUUAAACUGUUCAGUCAUGUAAAUGAUUUGAUAAAGUGUAUGAAAGAAGUGUUUUAGUAGAGACAAAUAUGCUUCAAAGGCUGGGGUUGAAAGCUAUAAAAUAGCUUCUUGCUGUCUGUGUAGAAAAUGUACUGUAGUUUUCAUGUGUUUUUGUUGUGUAUACAGUACUUAGUUUAUGUUAAAACUAAAUAUCCUACUGUUUAAAAUUGGUGAUGUCUGAAACACAUUAAUGCUAUGAAAAGUGCUAACAGGUAAUAUUAACUUUAGUAGCAUUCUGUAGUUUCUCUUGUAUAAUAUAUUGUAAUUCUAUAAAUAUUUGUGAAAGAAGUUACUUGUGUUACAUAUACAGUAAACAUCUUUUGUGAAAUGUGAUGUUGUGUUGCUCUAAAAAUAAAAAGUAAAAAAAGCAUAUAAAGU